AAGAUGGCGGCGUAGCGGCUCCCCGCUCCCCAGCGCGCAGCCCGCCCCCGGCCGCCAUGAAGCUGAUCAUCCAGGAGACGUACGCCGAGGCCAGCGAGUGGGCCGCCAAGUACAUCCGCAACCGGAUCGUCCACUUCGGGCCCGGACCUGGCAGGUUUUUCACGCUGGGGCUGCCCACAGGCAGCACGCCGCUGGGCUGCUACAGGAAGCUGGUGGAGUACUGCAGGAAUGGGGACCUCUCCUUCAAGUACGUGAAAACCUUCAACAUGGACGAGUACGUGGGUCUCCCGAGGGAUCACCCGGAAAGUUACCACUCCUUCAUGUGGAACAACUUCUUCAAGCACAUUGACAUCUCGCCAGAGAACGUUCACAUUCUGGAUGGGAAUGCAGCUGAUCUCCAGGCAGAGUGUGAGGCCUUUGAGGAGAAAAUCAAAGCAGCUGGAGGAAUUGAACUCUUUGUUGGAGGUAUUGGCCCUGACGGCCACAUUGCCUUCAACGAGCCUGGAUCAAGCUUGGUAUCCAGGACCCGAGUGAAGACCUUGGCUAUGGACACCAUCCUGGCUAAUGCCAGGUUCUUCGAUGGUGACCUCUCCAAAGUCCCCACCAUGGCUUUGACAGUUGGAGUAGGCACUGUCAUGGAUGCCAGAGAGGUGAUGAUUCUGAUCACAGGAGCCCACAAAGCCUUUGCAUUGUACAAAGCCAUUGAGGAAGGGGUCAACCACAUGUGGACAGUCUCUGCUUUCCAGCAGCACCCCAACACUGUGUUUGUGUGUGACGAGGAUGCCACACUGGAACUCAGGGUGAAGACAGUGAAGUACUUUAAAGGUUUAAUGCUGGUUCACAACAAGAUGGUGGAACCCUUAUACAGCAUGAAGGAGACGGGAGUAAAAAGCAGCCAGUCCAAGUGCCCAUACAGUGAUUAACCUGGCUGCCCCAAGGCCUCUGAGCCAGCUUUUCUGUGGAAAACCAGCUGGAAAGAAAGGGAAUUGCUGCAGAAACUCCUCUGCUCUUUGUUCUUAAAUGAUCAGAAUGAUUCUGUGUUUGCUUCUCUCCACUAAAAAGAUUCAACACCUGCCUUGAUUAACCAAAGGAGGAUGGAUUUCAGUAGCUGUCCCACAAAGCAACACCCCUGGCUGAUUCUCUUCAGGUGAAGUCAAUGGAGAGCAAGCUGUAAUGCUGUGGACUGAAGGCCCCAAAACUUAAACAUAGAGAGAUGUGAAAUUACAAUGCUGCAGAAACCAAAUGGAUAAUCACUUUGGAAUGUGUUCCUCACAAUUUGGACAAGUUCCUCAUGUGUCACCCUCUCCACAAUACACCCUUCCAUUGUGCCCUUUCAACUGAGAACUGAGUUUGUUCAGCCUGGAGAAGAGAAAGCUCCAGCAUCACCUAAGAGCAGCAUGCAUCACAGCUGCUCAACCAGCAGAAAGGUGAAGCCAGGCUCUCCUGGGCAGUGUGCAGUGAAAGAUGAGAAGAGACAAUGGGACUCCAGACUGGAUACAAGGACAAAAUCUGCCCCUGAAGACAGUCUGGCCCUGGGGCAGGCUGCAGAGUGGUUGUGCUGACUGUCAUAGAUUCAUAGAUUGGGUUGGGUAGGAAGGGACCCUAAGAUCAUCUACU